AGUUAUCCUUCAGUAUUUCCCAGCUCAGAGCAGGCAUAAUGUGGGGUCAAAGUUGACAGGUGCAGCCGGGUUUUAAAGGGGAGACUGCUUUGCUAGCCUCAGACAGGUUCCAGACAGAGGAAAGGCAUAAGAGAGAUCGCCAUGCCUUCGCUGCAAAGGAGGAAGACCAUUGGCUUGUGCUUAAAUGAAAAGAAAAAAAGGAAACUCAGCUUUCACUUAUUUGAGGAACUCUGCAGGAACCAUGGAUACGAUGUAAUUGAUAUUGACCUGACCCAGCCAAUCAGUAGCCAAGGGACAUUUGAUUUGAUUAUCCACAAAAUUUCAGAUCUCCUUGUUGAAGCUGGUCAGGAUUUGGCUUCCCAUCACCUUGUCCAGAGGCUACAGGUAUAUCUGGACACACAUCCCUAUACUGUUCUUCUAGACCCACUACCUGCUCUGCACAUACUGUUGGACAGAUUUCAGUCAUACAGGCUCCUGCACAACUUGGAGUCCUACAGUCAAGGGUCCAGUGGCAUCUUCUCUCCUCCGUGUGUAGAACUGGUAACCAAGAACUGUGAUAUGGUAGCACUGGUCAGGAGUCAACUCACAUUUCCAAUAAUUUGUAAAACCCGAGUGGCUCACGGCCCACGCUCCCACCAGAUGUCCCUGAUAUUUAAUGAAGGUGGAUUAAGUGAAGUAAAACCCCCUUGCGUCCUCCAAAGCUUCAUCAACCACAGUGCCACCUUAUACAAAGUUUUUGUUGUGGGAUCACAGCAUUUUGUCGUUCAAAGGCCCUCUUUGCGCAAUUUCCCUCUUGGGGAAACAGAUCAAAGCAUAAUCUUCUUUGAUAGUCAUCAGGUAUCCAAAGCCGAGUCAUGCUCCUACCUAUCAGAGGCAUUUCCAAGCACAGAGGUUGUGGCGCCUUCAGAUUCAGUGGUAAAUCAAGUGGUUCAGGGUCUACAAGAGGCUUUAGGAAUGUCCCUUUUUGGUGUGGAUUUAAUUGUGGACAUGCAGACUGGACGCGUUGCAGUUAUUGAUGUUAAUGCAUUCCCAGGCUAUGACGGUGUCCCAGGAUUUUGUUCUGCCCUGUUCUCACACGUUGACAAGAUUUUAAAUAGCAACAAAGCUCCAGCUACUUCAUCUGAAUCCAGUGAGACCCACCAACCUUCAGAGCACACUGGUCAGCAGGCAAUUGGCUCUUUGUGUGGGACACGGUUAUCUGACCAGUGGCCUAGGCCCAUGCAGACACCAUCACCAAAAAUGUACAAGAAAGACAUCACUGGCCGCCCUUAUAUAAACUUACAUACACAAGCUGUAUCUACAGACUGGUAAUAAGCUAGGACUUUGGCUAGAUGUGUGGAAAAGAAUAUGUUUCAUACUCGCACAGCUUUGAGGAGACUACAGCAUUGUAAAGCUGUUAAUACACACACUGAUCAAGACUGGAAACAAAAACAAAUAACUUUACAGAGAAUAUAAAACCCAUAUUAUGUAUAUAUCUUUAUCUAGAGAGCAAUCAUUCUGCAAUCAUCUCCAAUAAAUACAAACUGUAAUGUUUAAUUUGAUAAUCCUACCAUCUAAAAGCACAAACAGAAGCAAAGAGAACAAUGAAUAAAACAAAACUGAUAUUUA